CAUGAUGUAUGUGAUUGGUGGGGCUGUGUGGGAAGGCAACGGCUACUAACCGGCCUACGGUCUAACUCUUGGUGGCGACUGCCGACUAGCGACAAUCGUCCAUCACUCACUUUCUCCGGUCUAUCCGAACGGUUCCAUCUACCGACAUGUCUAUAAAUCUGUAUUUUAAUGCUGGCGGCGGUGGUGGUGGAGGUGGCGACAGAUUUACUGGGAACGGCGGGCCAUGGGACGGCGGCUCCGGUAGGACGUGGGACGGUGGCUUCGGCAUGGCGUUGGAUGGUGGCUUUGGCAGGCCGUGCGACGGCGGCACCGUUCAACUUAGUGAUCGCGGCGGUCGUGGUCGUGGUCGUGGCGGCGGCAACGGCGGCACCGCUGAACGUGGCAUUGGUCGUGGUGGUCGUGGUCGUAGCGGCCGCGGUCGUGGCGGCGGCACCGCUGAACGUGGAAUUGGUCGUGGUGGACGUGGUCGUGGUGGACGAGGUCGAGGUGGACGUGGUCGUGGUGGACGUCAGCGUUGCGAUAAUUGUGGCUGGCAAGGCCAUGUAGCUGUCUCCUGCUAUAAGACGGCGGCAGAAGGAGCAGCUACAAAGGCUGCUAGGGCUGCUUUUGCUGCUACGAAGGCUGAAGCUGCAGUAGCAGCAGCAGUAACUUUGGUUGAAAGCCUAAAGGCUCAAUCUGCUGCUGCUGCUGCUGCUGCUGCUGCAGCUGCAGCAAAAGCGACAACAGCAACAACAACAGCAACAGCUACACCAACAGCAACAACAACAGCAACAACAACAGCAACAACAACAAAAAAAACAACAGCAACAGCAGCAGCACCAACAACAGCACCAGCAACUCAAACAGCAAAAACAUCAACAGCACAACAGCAACAGCAUCACCAAAAACAGGGGCAUACAAAAAAAAAAAAAUGUGUAAAAAAACCGUAAAAUAAAAGAAAAAAAAUAUAAAUUAUAUAUGGAUGUUUUUGUUUUCCGCUUGCCAUUAAAAAUAUUCAAUUGUUGGUUUUUGAAUUGAGAUUUAAAUGCAACUUUGUGAAUAAGAGUAUG